UUAUCCAAAUGUUUUCUGUAACUUCUCUUCCCAGAUUACCAGAGAAGAUCAGGAUGAGUCUACGGAAGCAAACCCCUAGUGACUUUCUAAAACAAAUCAUUGGAAGGCCAGUUGUUGUAAAAUUAAAUUCUGGAGUUGAUUAUCGAGGUGUCCUGGCUUGCCUGGAUGGGUAUAUGAAUAUAGCUCUGGAACAGACCGAAGAAUAUGUAAAUGGACAAUUAAAGAACAAGUAUGGGGAUGCAUUUAUCAGAGGAAAUAAUGUAUUGUACAUAAGCACGCAGAAGAGGAGGAUGUGAAGAUGCCAGGAGGAGGCUGUUUUGUACUUGCGAACUUCUUUGAAGUGAUGAGCCCUAUUUGAUUUGUAGUUAAUAAUCCACAGGUGAAAUACAGAAGUGUUUAAAUAUUUUUUUUUAAUAAAUGUAAACCAGUGUAAACUUCCUGAAUGUUUUUGUUUCAAAGCAUUGCUUUGUUCCACUGUACAGAAAAAAAAUAAAAGAGAAGCAUGUAAUAGUGCCGCAAGACUAA